AAAACAAAUGAAAGGGCCUAAAAUGUUAUGUGGUGUAGAAACUACAAACUCUUAGGCUUCAAUAUUACUAAAUCAAUCAAGUAGCUAGGAUGGAAAGGGGAGAAAAUCCAUGUCUCAAGUCUCCUCUUAUUGGUAAUCAAGAAGAAGCAUCAGGUUAUGGAUUUGAUGGGGAAACUUCUCAUCAGGAAGGUAUUAGUAUUUGUGCAAAUUUUGUUGAAGAAGCAAGGAAGCAACUAUGGCUGGCAGGGCCACUUAUUGCAGUCAGCUUGUUGCAGUAUUGCCUACAAGUGAUAGCAAUUAUGUUUGUUGGUCAUCUUGGAAAGCUGGCUCUUUCCAGUGCCUCCCUGGCCUCUUCCUUUGCCUCAGUCACUGGCUUCAGUGUUUUGUUAGGAAUGGGGAGUGCCCUGGAGACGCUAUGCGGACAAGCCUAUGGAGCCAAGCAGUACCAUAUGCUUGGAAUUCACACACAGAGAGCAAUGCUAACUCUUCUAGCGAUAAGUGUUCCCCUUACUGUAAUAUGGUUCUAUACCAGCACCAUUCUUAUAGCUCUGGGCCAAAAUCCUGAGAUAUCUAUUGCAGCCGGAACCUUCAAUUGUUGGAUGAUUCCUAGCCUUUUCGCCUACGGCCUGCUUCAAUGUCUAAACAGAUUUUUACAAACUCAGAACAAUGUUUUUCCUAUGCUGAUUAGCUCUGCAGUCACAACUUUUCUUCACAUUCUUGUUUGUUGGGGUCUUGUUUUCAAGUGUGGCCUUGGGAGCAAAGGAGCUGCCUUAGCAAUAACCAUUUCAAAUUGGGUUAAUGUGUUUGUGUUAGCAAUAUACAUAAAGUUUUCUCAGGCAUGUAUUAAGACAUGGACAGGAUUUUCGAGUGAAGCAUUGCACGGUAUUGUGAGCUUCUUAAGGCUUGCUCUCCCAUCUGCAAUUAUGAUAUGCUUUGAAUAUUGGUCAUUUGAGAUGGUUGUUCUACUUUCUGGUCUUCUUCCCAAUCCAAAGCUAGAGACAUCUGUAUUAUCUAUAAGCCUUAACACAUGCUGGAUGGUCUAUAUGAUCUCUGUUGGUCUUGGUGGUGCUAUAAGCACACGGGUAUCAAACGAGCUUGGCGCUGGGAAUUCACAAGGUGCCCGGUUAGCUCUCAGAGUGAUGAUCAUUAUAGCAAUCACAGAAGGUGCAACGGUCGGGGUCACGACAGUUUUGGUACGCCAUGUUUGGGGAAGGCUCUACAGCAAUGAAACAGAAGUGAUCAAUUAUGUUGCUAAAAUGAUGCCACUUUUAGCAUUAUCUGACUUCCUGGAUGGAUUCCAAUGUGUGCUUUCAGUCCAUUUGUUUUGUAGGAGCUGCAAGAGGAUGUGGAUGGCAAAAUCUCUGUGCAGUUAUCAACCUCGGAGCUUAUUAUGUUGUGGGAAUUCCUUCUGCUAUCCUCUUUGCAUUUGUCUUACAUAUUGGAGGCAUGGGGCUCUGGAUGGGAAUCAUUUGUGGACUUCUUAUACAAGUUUUGGCACUUGUUACAGUAAAUGCCUGUACUAACUGGGAUCAAGAGACAGCAGAAGCCUGGCGCAGGGUUCAGAAAAGCAGCCUUAUCGACAAAGCACCAUAGAGUUGCAUUUUGCCGCAAAUCACGACAGCCAGUUGAACCUAGAUUGUUACAUUUAGUGAGGAAAGCUAAAGAUUCUGCAUAGAUAAUGAAGCAAAUAUGUGCAAAAAAAUCAGUUAGCAGUUAAGAAAUUCACCAAAUGUACAUUAAUUACUCUCCAUACCAAAGAAGCUAUUCAUUGUUGUAUCUAUCAUGCUAGCUAAUAACAUUGGGAAAUCCAAAAUAAUGUCCAAACAAGUUCACGGCAAAAAGCAUUUUAAGACUUCAUAAAAGCUUCUGUCAGAACUA